GUGGGCUGGUUUCGCACACUCCAGAUUGAGGCAAGGGUAUCAAACACUCUGCUCAUUUCCUGCCGCAGAAGAUCCUGAUUUCACUUUGCAUUGAGCGCAGAUUAUUUGGUUCGCUCUGCGCCUCGACCUGAUUGCACUGGCUGCGUUCGAGCGCCGUGAUUGACAGACCGAAUUCAAAUGCACAAGUUUGAAUGCUGUCUGUAGAUCGACUGGUUUAUUUAGCCGUGGUCAUUAAAUCCUAAACCAUUCCACGCUGUCUGUGCAAAGUUGUGAAAGAAAACUACACCGAGGAUAGAAGUGUGUAGAGGCUGACUUUUAUUUUAAGGGUAUUUUGUUAGUACUAUUUUGAAACUAAAAUGCCUCGGUCUUUCCUCGUCAAGAAAUGCUUUACCAGCAAAAAGCCGAACUACAGCGAGCUGGAAAGCCAAACAGUGCUGGUGUCUCCAGUCCUGACAGAGAGUUACCCAGGAGGUGAAAUUAGCACUGCCUGCUACUCUUCAGCCUUGGUGUGGGAUGUGGGGCUCCUCCUCACCCCUGAGGCAAGCCCCUUACCGGAGGGUCCCAGCCCCAUGGACCUGAGCUCUCUGUCCAGCAGCGAGGAGGACGAGGGCCGCUCCUCGGACCCCCCCAGCCCCACACCUGCUGAGCACUUCCCGUGCACGUGCUGCAGCAAGUCCUACAGCAGUCCCGCAGGACUGUCCCGUCACCAGCUGUCCCACUGCCAGGGCGAGGAGGGGGUAGCCAAUGCCCGUGCCUUCCGCUGCAAGCACUGCCCCAAGGAGUACUGCAGCCUGGGCGCCCUGAAGAUGCACAUCCGCUCCCACACCCUGCCCUGCGUGUGUCCUACCUGCGGGAAGGCUUUCUCCCGACCCUGGCUGCUGCAGGGACACAUUCGCACACACACCGGCGAAAGACCGUUUUCCUGCCCGCACUGCAGCCGUGCCUUCGCUGAUCGCUCCAACCUGCGCGCACACCUGCAGACCCAUGCCGAGGUGAAGAAGUACCAGUGCACCACCUGCUCUCGAACCUUCAGCCGCAUGUCCCUCCUGCACAAGCACAGCGAGGCUGGCUGCUGUGUGUCCUCGUGAGGGGCGUCUCUGCCUUGUAGACGUGGAGGGGACGGGAGCCUCUAGAGCAAGACCACUGACUAAGGAGAACAUUGGGGAUCCACUUUGCAUUUCAGAGAAUUCUGUUAUUGAACAUUACUUCUCUCUGCAUUACAAUGUCUCUUUAGAGCGAUUAUUCUAAUCCGAUUUGCAUUGCCAAACAAACUGUGCCGUCACUAGAGUGUAUGAAACUUUUUUAUAUUUAUAUAUUUUUGAAUAAACAUAUAUACUGCAGUCUAUUUUCAUAUAUAUAUAUAUUUGUACCUAUGUUUGCACCCCCUCCCUCUCUGCAUGAGCACAAAGAAACAGCUGCUGAACUGCCAAUGGUAACACACACCAAGAACCUUAUUGAGUCAGCUGCUGCCUGAUGCUGCGCAAAGGCAGGGCAUUGACAGGUGUGCACCUAGUGUCCUUCAGAAGGCUGUUGACAGGUGCCUUCUUAUGAGUGUUCUCGUAGCACGCAAAUGCAGUGACUGUAACAAGUUUGUUUGCAGCCCAGGGAGGUAUGGAAAGGGUUGAGG